AUGCCAAACCAACUGAGAAAUCCUAAAAGAGAGAGAGAAACAAAAGNAAAAAAAAAAAAAAAGAUGACAAGUGUUAUUGAGCCUGCCAAGAACCGUAGAAUGAUUCGCCGAGAUCGUCACUUGAUGUCAUCAAAUGACGAUGCACUCAGAAAGCAAAUUCUGAUAAGUCAUUCUCCGGAUAAUGUCUCUGUUGAUGUCGACUCAAUUCUUGUCAUAGUAAAGGAUAUUCAGGAACUUGUUUCCCCUGGCAUUGAUGGCAUUCUAAAUGGAUCGGGAAAGCAUACAAGCAGAGCAGAGGUUAAUGCAGCCUUGAUAGAGUUUGACGGUAUUCAGGACAAAUUGGCUUUUGUAAUAAACAAGAUUUCGUGUGAGCUAUCAUGCAAUUUCUCACAAGGAGACGGGCACUCGUUCACGAUGGAAAUACUCAACAUGCUAUCAACUUACACAUGGGGCGCCAAGUCAGCAGUCGCCUUGGCCUCGUUCUCCGCAAACUACGCUCAGUUCUGGCUGCUCGCCACACUCUUCACAACCGACCAGCUCGCAAAAUCGGUCUGCAUUCUCAGACGAGUACAUGACGUGAUAGAGUUAUCCGACGUGAUGAGAUCAAGAUUCCAGACGGUCAAUGAUAUAGUCAAAGUUUCGGUGGACUUAAUGAGGUGUUUUGCCGAGUUUGAAAGGCUGCCGUCUAAGUACAUAACUAACGAGGCCGAGCCUCUGAGUGUGGCAAUGGAGAAUGUCCCGACUGGCGUUUAUUGGGUUGUGAGAAGUUUGGUAGCGUGUGCUUCUCAAGUUACCACAACUCUUGGAUUGAGCAAUAAAGUGAUGUCUUUAACUGCCGAGACAUGGGAGCUUUCGAGCAUGGUACAUAAGUUGUCUAGCAUUCUCGAACACCUCAAGACACAACUUGUUCUCUGUCAUCAAUAUGUAGAUGAGAAGAAAAAUGCGGAAUAUUUUCAAACACUCGUGCGCUUGUUCAACACAACACCACACGUGGACAACCAGAGAAUACUGAAACACUUGAUCUAUCUAAAAGAUGAUCUACUCCCACUUGAAAUCGGCACCAACAAAAACUUAAAGGUUGGAGUUGAGGCUCUAAUAGGAAAAACAGUCUUGCUGCUCAUAUCAGACCUAGAAAAUAUCUCCCCUUAUGAGCUUCUCAUACUUAGCCACAUUUACAAAGAAUCACGAAGCAGAGCACAGUUUCAAUACGAAAUCGUUUGGCUUCCGAUCACGACAUCGACAUGGGACGAAGAUCAUCAUCAACAGAAGUUUGAGCAGUUACAAUUGAUGAUGCCAUGGUACACGUUGAACCACCCGAGCUUUCUACAACGGGCUGUUAUACGGUACAUCAACGAAAUUUGGCACUACAGUAAGACACCAAUGCUGGUAACUUUAGACCCACAAGGCAAGGUGAGCAGCCCGAAUGCUUUACACAUGGUGAGGAUAUGGGGCAACUUAGCGUAUCCUUUCUCCACACAAAAAGAAUCGGCCUUGUGGAGAAAUGAGACGUGGAGACUCGAGUUGAUUGUAAACGGCAUCGAUAAAUCCAUACUGACUUGGGUGAUUUGUUUGUUCGGAGGGGAAAAUGAGGAGUGGGUUCGUGAAUUCGUAGGCGCAGCACGAAGCACGUGUGGCGAAACAGGGGUGGAGAUGGUGUACAUAGGCAAUAACCCGGGCAGGAGAAAAACAAACGAGAUGGUGGGCUCGAACGGGCUCAGUCACAGCUGGACGGACCCAACGUCCGUGUGGUACUUCUGGACGCGAGUCGAGAGCAUGAUGCGGUCAAAGAUUCGGCACGGCGCGAAAAUCGAGACCGAUCGGAUUCUGAGAGAGGCGUUGACUUUGCUGUCGUUUGCAGGCAACGAUGGUCAAGGAUGGGCGAUUUUCAGCCGGGGGUCGGGAGAGAUGGCUCGGGGGAAAGGGGACGUGAUGGUCAAGGCGUUGACCGAUUUCGGGAGUUGGGCAGAGGAGGCUAAGGCCAAGGGAUUUGUUCGGGGGCUCAAGGAGUAUUUGGACGGCCACCAAACGCCCGAGGAGCAUUGUAAUCGGCUGAUUCUGCCCGGAGUCGAGGAUUUGCCGGAGACGGUGGUGUGCUCCGAGUGCCACCGGCAGAUGGAGAAGUACUUUAUGUAUAGAUGGUUCAAUAGACCUGCUGCAGACAAUAAUAUAAUUUUGCCUCCGUCCCCACCAAAGCUGCCGGUGCUCGGGAACCUUCACCAGCUGGGUUCACUGCCCCAUCGAAAUCUGCAUUUGUUGGCCCAAAAAUACGGCCCAAUUAUGCUUCUCCAGUGUGGCCGCGUCCCUGCUCUAGUGGUCUCGUCGGCUGAUGUGGCCCGUGAGAUUAUGAAAACUCAUGACGUGGCAUUUGCAGACCGGCCCGAGUACAAGGCUUUCACCAAACUUCUCUAUAACGCGAAAGAUGUAUCCUUCUCCCCUUACGGAGAAUACUGGCGAAAGAUGAAGAGCAUCUUUGUUCACCAAUUGCUGAGCAACAAAAGGGUUCGAUCCUUGCGUGCAAUCAGGGAACAAGAAACAGCUCUGUUCAUCAAAAGGAUACAGAGUCAACCUCCGAGCCACCCGGUCAACCUAACCGAGAUGUUCUCCGAGUUUGCGUACAACGGGAUUUACAAAUCUACUUUUGGCGGGAAACAGGGCUGGUCGGAAAACGGCCGAGUUUUUUCGGCGCUGAUGACUGAAUUUAUGGACGUGUUGGGGACUAUCAGCAUAGGAGAUUUCGUCCCGUGGCUUUCUUGGGUGACGCGCCUAAAUGGUUUCGACAAGAGAGUGGACCGAGUCUUCAAGAGGCUUGAUGGUUUCUUGGAGGACGUUAUCGAGGAACACUUGAAGGGGGACAAUGGUCGCGAUCCUUCGGACGAAAAUGGAGAAAGCUUUGAUGUGUUUUCGGCUGGGACAGAUACCAUUUCGGCAGUCCUUGAAUGGAUAAUGGUCGAGCUACUUGGACACCCUAAGGUCAUGGAAAGAUUGGCGACCCAAGUGCGACAAACCAUAAAAGACAAACACGACAUAAUAACGGACGAGGACUUGAGGGAAAUGCAUUACUUAAAAGCGGUGAUCAAGGAAAGCCUUCGCUACCACCCGCCAAAGCCGUUGCUAGUCCCUAGAGUUGCACGGGUAGAUGUGAAGGUCAAAGGGUACAAAGUCAAAGCAGGAACAAUCGUGAUGACCAACGUGUGGGCCAUAGGCAUGGACCCGACAUGUUGGGUCAAGCCCGAGAAGUUUGAGCCGGAGAGGUUUUUGGGGUCGAAUAUUGACUUGAGGGGGCUGGAUUUCGAGCUGAUACCGUUUGGGGCCGGGAGGAGGGGUUGUCCCGGGAUUACCUUCUCAAUGGCUGCUAUCGAGUUGGUGAUGGCCAACAUUGUCCACAAGUUUGAUUGGGAGUUGGGCGGUGGGGAAGAUAUGGACACCAGCGAGCGGUUUGGAGGUACGGUUCGGAGGGCCAAACCAUUGUUGGCAAUUGCAACUCCACUUAUUAUUACUAAAUAAAUCUUCAAGAAUUAAUUAACUAAUGAAAAAAAUUAUAGAAUAAAAUGAAGAGGCAGCAUUUUCAUAACUAAAGAAACCAAUGGCGGAUCCAGGAUUCCCCCAUAAUGGGGGCACCAAUGGCCGAAGUCUCCGCCACCAAUGCCGGCUCUUUUCGGCUGAAGUUUCAGCCUAAAUAAAUUUACAAAACAUGGCAAAAUUUAAUUGGGGGCCUGUGACCCCAUUAAACAUGGCUGGAUUCGUCACUGAAAGAAACGGGUAUUAGUCUCAAGUUAACUUUUGGUUGUCAAAUUCAACCUUUGGUGCUCUUUUUUUUUCCCGGCAUGUCUUGAGCUGGUCAACCGAAUAGGAACCGAAUCGUAGGUUCUCGGUUUGGUUAUUUCGGUUUUCCUGUUCUCAAGCCACUAAUUAAAAAUGGACUGGGUUCAACUAUUUCGACAAUAAGAAAAGAGAAGAAAUUAUUAUCUAUCCAUAAAUCAACUUAAUAAUCCCCUCAAAAAAAGUCCCAGCUAAUUCUCCAACUCCAUGAGGCCCAACCCUAACUUAUUGGGCUUUCUAGAUGACUUUAUUUAGGCAAGGAUUCUCGUAACCAACUAGGUCAGAGAGGAGAAUAGCUUGAUCCAACUUUAGGAGGGCAGAUUUUUCAAUAGUUGUAGCAUCGUAAGAAGUUUCAAUCUCCCCACAGUUACGAAGUUUGGAAAGUAUAUUAAUCACAAGGAUGAACGUGUAAUUUGGUUCAGACCAUCAUUAUGUUAAUAACAGAAUUUAAUAUAUGUGGAUGUCAUAAUUCUUGUGCCUACAGACAUUUUAUACCCUAUAAUUAUGUUAUAUUUUGUUUUCCAAGUCAAGUUACAAAGGGAACAGCAUACUAGCUUUGAAGACUUGAGUGACUAGCAAUUCUUCGCAAAUAAAAAAAAAAUAAACAGAAAAAACAAAUAUUUUCCUAAGUCAAGUUAUUACAAAAAUC